CAAAGCAAUAGGCUGGAUAUUUCUCAGAAAUUGUAUUCCGUCUGAAACCAUGACCAACGAAUCAAAUAAUUCAAAAAAAGAAGAAAAGAAAACUUGAAACAGACACUGGCUAUUGUAUCCUUUAAUAAAGUGUUACAUAAUUGCUGGCUUCUUAUGUACAAAAAGGUAAAAAUAGUUGGUGGAUAAUUGCAUUCCCUGAGAAAUCGUUUGGUCACAACCUUCUUCUGCAAUAACAAUGCAUCUCUUUCCUUACACCCCUAUCAUCAUUUUCACCCUAUUGAUCCACAGCUUCUCAGUGAUUCUGGGGCAGCAACCUUACAUUGGUUUAGGCACAGUAGCGUGCCCUCGAAGGGGUAACAAAAAUUCUAUCCGUGGUUACACUUGUAAUGGUGCAAACCAUAGCUGCCAAACAUACCUUACCUUCAGAUCUCAACCCAUUUACAACUCUGUCUCCACAAUAUCCAGUUUAUUAGGUUCUGACCCUUCCCAGCUUGCUAAAAUAAACUCCGUUUCACUAAAUGAAACCUUUGAAACAAACAAGUUGGUGCUUGUUCCUGUAAACUGUUCCUGCGCAGGUGAGUAUUAUCAAACAAACACAUCCUAUGUGUUCCAGAAUGCAGAAACUUACUUCUUGAUUGCCAACAACACUUUUGAGGGUCUCACAACAUGUCAAGCUUUGGAGCAUCAAAACCGCAACCCUGCAGAUAUAUACCCCGGUAGAAAACUUUUAGUGCCUCUUAGAUGUGCUUGUCCAACAAAGAAUCAAACCGAGAAAGGCAUCAGGUACCUCUUAAGUUACCUAGUAAAGUGGGGUGAUUCUGUUUCACUUGUUAGUGAGAAAUUUGGUGUCAACUUUAUGACCACUCUUGAAGCUAAUACCCUUACUUUGACACAAUCCAUGAUCUAUCCGUUUACCACACUUCUAGUUCCUCUUCAUGAUAAGCCCUCUAGUUCUCAAACCGUUUCACCAACUCAACACACUCCACCACCCUCACCUCCCUCUUCUGAUAAAAGCUCAAACAAAACAUGGGUGUAUGUAGUUGUUGGAGUUAGUGUAGGAGCUAUUGCCUUGAUAUCAGCUCUCUGUGCUGUCAUUUUCUUCACACGCUAUCGCAAAAAUCAAAAGCAAGAUGGUUCAGUUUCGGCGGUAGCGUCCAAGAGUUUUGUGGCAAUUGAGAAAAAACCACAGGGGAAUAAGAAAGUAGAUGAAAAAUUGUCAGAGAUCAUAUCUGGCAUAGCUCAAUCUUUCAAGGUGUAUGGUUUUGAGGAACUACAGCGGGCAACAGAUGAUUUUAGUCCUAGCUUCUGGAUCCAAGGGUCUGUUUAUCGCGGUGUGAUUAAUGGUGAUUUGGCUGCAAUUAAAAAGAUAGAAGGAGAUGUGACAAAGGAGAUAGAGAUACUGAACAAAAUCAACCAUUCCAAUGUUAUACGCCUCUCUGGGGUUAGCUUCCACGAGGGGCGUUGGUACCUUGUGUAUGAGUAUGCUGCUAAUGGAGCCUUGAGUGAAUGGAUCUACUUCAACAACGUGGAUGGCAAGUUCCUAAGUUGGACUCAGAGAAUGCAAAUUGCAUUAGAUGUGGCCACAGGACUUGACUAUCUUCACAGUUUCACUUCUCCUCCUCAUAUCCACAAGGAUAUUAAGAGUAGUAACAUUCUUUUGGAUAGUGAUUUCAGGGGAAAGGUUGCAAACUUGAGCCUUGCUAGGUGUUUGGAAGGAGCAGAAGAUCAAUUUCCUGCGACAAGGCACAUUGUUGGGACAAGAGGUUACAUGGCCCCGGAAUAUUUGGAAAAUGGUCUUGUGUCUACAAAGCUUGAUGUGUAUGCUUUUGGGGUGCUUAUGCUGGAAAUGCUCACUGGAAAAGAGGUUGCUGCUAUCUUAACAGAAGAUGAGACAAACUUGUCACAUGUUUUGAGUACCAUACUUGGUGAGAAAAGUGACCAGGAAAGGUUGAAGGAGUUUGUGGAUCCCUCUUUGCAAGGAAAUUGUCCAUUGGAACUUGCUAUGUUUGUGAUUGAAAUGAUUGAUAAGUGCAUCAAUAAUGAUCCGGCCAAUCGCCCUAGUGUGCAUGAGAUUGUACAAUCUCUAUCAAGAACCCUGAACUCUUCACUGAGUUGGGAAAAGUCGGUGAACAUUUCUGGAAACUAGAGCUAUAGCAGGAUCUCUUGAUGCUACACCAGUUGAAUCAGGAUACAUCAAUAACUCUUAGUGUGUUUGUUCAACUAGUUUUUGUAGAUCAAAAUAUAUAAUACAUGUAGUUAUAAUUAAUGAAUUAGAAUUUGUUCGAUAACUAUCUUCAAGGGAUCUGCUGCUAAAGGACCUCACAAUUUCUCUGACAUCUCUUCCAUAAUGUAUAUUGUGAUUUUAUCAGAAAUUAAUGAAGUUGUGAUUUUAUUUCU